UCCAUACCCCACCAUGCUCGACACGCUCUAGACGGCCUUACCGCACCUAACCGACUCGAAUUUGCUCCAUCGCCAGGCAUUGCGGCAUUGUCUCUUGCGAUGGCUAUGUCGUAAAACGUGUAUAUCCUUCACCCCCUGCAAAUAUGCCUACCUACUUCGCGCGCGGCGUCUCGGUGCGCCUGGGCGCAAUUCCGCUCGGUGAUACGACUACAGCAAAGAUCAUACUAAGAAAGGGAGAUGCAGCCAAGCAGCAGUCUGCACUAGCUGAAAAGAGGCUGUUGAAGAGCAAACUGUUGAAGGAAGAGCAGGUGCCUUUCCCAGGUGAUGAGGCUGCCUUCCAGCUCAACUGGCUCGCACAGGCGCCUUUCAUGCAAACACGGGUCGGGAGCGACAUAUACGAAGGGGAACUUUCUAGAGACGCGCAGGAAGCGACGAAGGAUGUCUCGCAGCGCACACUGAAAGCACUCACACUCCACGUCAACCUCUCCGAGCAGACCUACGUCUCCGGCCUCUACGACCAGAGAACAUCGCUCAAGAUCGAGGUCUUCUUCAAUGGAACACUCGCCGCAUGUCUGUCCAUGCCCAACUACGACGGCAGAUCUGGCUCGAAAGACCAUCACCAGGUUUUCGCGGGCACCAGAGUCGACUUUCUCGCUGAGCGGCCAUGGGUCGUCCUACCACGUGGAGUAGCCGCAGACGGCAGUACUGAGAAGAACAACACACCACCCCCGAUAGAGCAGCGAUGGCAACACAUUGGCCAGGCGCUCCAAGCUGAAGUACGCGAACGGGGUACCGAUAAACAAGGCAACAUCCCCCCUACUGCCGAGUUCCUCCGCGCGCUUGCCGCAACGCAAAUGCCGGAGGAAGCACACAGUAUGCAGAAGCCAGGUGGAAAGACUUUCGGAGUCAUUGACGUGGUCAUCACAUCUGGAGAGGGUAGGAAGCUCACCAGCGGCGUGGGCUAUCUGAAGGCACCGAAGCGCAUGAUCGACGAAAGCUACCCGUUUGUCCUAGGAACCGAUGGCAGUACCAUGCAUCUACGUGUCGAUGCGUCCAGCAAGAGCGAGAGCGACGCGGUGCCUCCAGGUGCCAUCGAGCCAAGCUCAGAGGUCAUCGACGUGGAUGCAGAAGGAGACAGCGAUCCAGAGUAUGGAUUUCAUACAAAGAGACGGGCUCUCCGGUCCGGUGUGCAGAUGAAGCGGGAUGUGUCACCUAUUCUGCCAUCAGCUCUGACCAUAGAGCCUUGGACAGCGUCGAACCCACCACUCACUGGUGUCAGAUCGAGCGUUCCAGUACUUAUUGCACCAAACACUACAUAUCCAAGACUUGCGUCUUCACCAGUCCGGAGAAGUGCAGACACUCCCAACAUAUCGCGUGCAUCGGAGACUGGACGAGCGCAUGCGCAGGACACGGUACACACUCCAGAAGCGGAGCCCACGUCGCGUGUAGGGUUCAAUCCGAAGAUGUUGUAUCCAGAUUCGACCUUGAACCAGCAGACGAUUCAGAUGUAUCCAUCGCCAUAUAUCAUUUUAUUCUCUGAUCCAACCUUAGGAGGAGUCGCUCCCAGUGAUCUCAUGCGUCAGUGGGCGGGCGACAACGCCGGUCUGACGUCUAGUCCACUUGAUCGCUUUCCCGCGGCUUUCCAGGGCACAGGCUACCAGUACUCGUCAUCUUUUCCUACACGUGUACCAAGACUCAGACACGCAGCCCCGAGGUCCAGUCUGCAAGCGAAUUCUUCGCCCGGAGAAGUACGCGAUGGCUCACUCGAUACCCAAUAUACGCGUCCAAACUACACCAUAUCCGGUAAGGGUCCUCCCUUCUAUGGAGCUCCCGAGAGCUACAAGCCAGAAAUGUUAUCGCAAGCCGCAACCCUCCAUGAACAUCGGGAAUCUGGACUACCGCACCUGUCAUUUCCGGCUUUUGACCGCAGACUGUCCAUGCCACUACCACCAGCAGCUUUGUACUCAGUACCUACAAAGCCAAAACGAAGUGUCUCUCUGAAGAAAGCACCACCUCCGAAACAGCCGGUGAAGACAAAUUCCAACUUCGUGAUCAGACGCUUGGUAGUCUACGGGCAAGAUAGAUCAAUUAUAGUGGACCAUAGGUGGGAGCCUGCACUGCGUUUAGUCGUGGCUUCCAACAGCCCAGUCAAGAAUCCGACUACACAGAACACAGUCCCAGGAGAUGGUGGACAGAUAAGAUCUGUCGAGUCAAAGAAGGCAAAUACCGACUCUCGCAGUUCAAGAAAAAGAACGGUCCGGAUGGGAACGCCGCCACCUACAUCACCAUUAGAGCACGCGAAGACUGACCUGCCCCUCGCUUUCGACGACCAACACCAACACGAGACCAGCACUUUCCUACCGAAUGCUGUCAUUGACCAACCCACCUCUAUUGUCAAGAACUCUACUCCAACGGUCGAACGACAUAUGGCAGAGGUCAAACUGCAUGGCGACCAGCUGAGUACUGAUUCGGGCAGCCAGAGUAUACAUGCAACCGAACAAAGACUCUCGCGUCGUAAAACUUCUAGCAACAACAUUCUUGCUGUGCAGGGCCCAAAGGCAAAUCCAUUCUGGUUCGAGGAUCCAGAAGAAAUUCUUCGUGAAGCAUCUGCGCGACUACGUCGAUCUCGCCCCUCCGCCAAACCAAGAAACACGCCUGAUGCAGCACCGUCGCCCAAGGUCGCGGAACAGGUCGUCCAGAACUCUAAAAUCUGGGACACUGCUACAUCUUCCCCUCUGUCCAGCCUACAUACGACUCCUGAGCCCGAUAUGGAGCCCAUUUCAUACACCCGGUCACCUCAAGCACCUAUAAGAUUGUCUCCUGCUCCUAUUCCGCAAGCAGAUGGCUCACCGGAACGCAAAACCUUGCGCGAAUCACGUCGCGGCAACGAAACUCAAUCUCCAGUGAAGCUCACUUCAACCCUCACGACACCCCAACUCGUGCGCCACAAACCCUCUACACCUCAAUCCUCUGCUACGAAGAAACGCAAAAGUCUCCACCGCACCUUACCCAAGGAGCCUCGCAGUCCCACGCGCCUAAAGACAAACAGCAACCCAUCGCUCAACAGGGAUUGUGUCAUUGCGUACGCGGAGAGCAAGGACAAGAAAAACAAACAGGGCGUUCUAAGGCAGGUGAAGAGUGAAAGGCAGGGAGUGUUCAGCGAAAACGAUGUCGUCUUUGCAGCCAGAUUCUUCGUGGAGGAGUAAGCAGAUGUUACAUGGCCUGCGGAUGAAGAAGUGGAAGCACGCAUGAGACGUGCGGAAGAUGUAUGUAAAAUCUGUACGCUCAUGAUGUGCGAGCCUCAGUGUUUCUGAAUACACGCGAAACGCGAGCUCCGUGCAGUUUACAUCAUGUAAUGAAGGUUUGUUCAUCCCAAUCAUAGAGAAUUCAAUGCGUAGGAAACAACGAUGAAUAAAUCAUCUGCACCAUGAGCUUUGUUCCGUCCUUGGAAAGUGGCAGGUUCUGAGAUCGCGUCAUAGCGUCAUCGUGUCAUC